AACAUUUCUCUCCUUCUCCUUUUUUCUUCAGAACUCCAUAUUUUCUUCCUUCUCCCUUCUCUCUGUCUUCUCUCAUCUCCAAUUCUCGCUUGCUCGAAGACAUUUAAGGCUUGUUCUGCGAAAAUGGAGAAGGAGCAAGAGCUUGAGUGGGCGGAAGCUCAGGGGAUUGAAAUAAGUGUUGACCUGGUAACUGUGGCCAAACGUCAGCUUCAGUUCCUCUCGGCUGUUGAUAGGAAGCGCUUCCUUUAUGAAGGCCCUAGCCUUGAAAGGGCUAUUUACAGGUAUAACGCUUGCUGGCUUCCAUUGCUUGCCAAACAUUCUGAAUCCCCUCUGUUUGAAGGACCUUUAGUUGUCCCACUUGACUGUGAAUGGAUUUGGCACUGUCACAGAUUGAAUCCUGUACAAUACAAAUCUGAUUGUGAGGAACUUUAUGGGAAAAUACUCGACAAUUCUAAUGUUAUAUCGACCAUUGGGAAUUUUUGUCUAAGAGAGACUGAAGAAGUUUGGAAUGAAUUAUAUCCUGAAGAGCCCUUCAACUUCAACCCAACAGGAGAGUUUCAGGAGGAUUUCCCAAAAGUGCCCUCUGGACUUGCAAAAUACACCAAAUAUGAUCUAGUUUCAGCUGUUAAAAGACAGAGCCCCUUCUUUUACCAGGUGUCCCGGCCUCACAUGGACAAUGAUAUUUUCCUUCAAGAAGCUGUGGCUAGAUACAAAGGAUUUCUAUAUUUAAUAAGAACAAACAGGGAGAAAUCUAUAAAACGUUUCUGUGUUCCAACUUAUGACAUUGAUCUAAUUUGGCAUUCUCAUCAAUUGAACCCUCUUUCCUAUUGUAAAGACUUGAAAAAGGUACUUGGUAUGAUAUUGGAGCAUGAUGAUAUGGAUUCAGACAGAACAAAAGGGAAGAAACUGGAUACUGGGUUCUCUGGAACUACCAAACAGUGGGAAGAGACAUUUGGUACUAGGUACUGGAAGGCAGGGGCAAUGUAUAGAGGCAACGCCCCAUCUCCUCUUAUGCCAAGUUCUUAUUCAACUGACAUGCUUAAAAAUCAUGUGGUUUCAUCCCAAGAGUGUCAAAAAAUAGUUCAUCUUCCAGAACUAAAGUCUGUGGAGGUCCUACUGGAGUUUGUGGAAGUUAAAAACGUACCAGACGGGUUGAAAGGCAAUCUUUUUGUACAAUUUAUGAAAAGUCAACCUGAUGCUAUAUUCAGUACCAAAUGGAAACUAAGCAUAUCCUCCGAGACAGGGGUGAAACAAGUAGCUUCUUUUCAGUGUGAACCUAAAGGAGAGCUGCAAUUUGACCUCAUCUGCUUAAGGACUUCCAACAUACCUAUAUCACGGACUCCUCUAACAUUGGGCUCAAUUUCAAUCCCGCUGGAGGACAUUUUUGCUCCAAUCUCUAAGCUGUCAGUGGAGAAAUGGUUGGAGCUGAGGCCAGGUUCUGGGUCUGUAAGCUCAAAACCAAUAUCCCUUAGAGUGGCUAUCUCAUUUACCGUUCCCAACCCUGCACCACGGGAACUUCGUAUAUUUAGUGCUCGAGAACUGUCCAGAUGCACAUCUUUUCUCCCUUCCUGCACAAGGAUACAACAGGCGAAGGGCUUGACACAGGUCAUAGAUGAAGCAGGCAAUGAUGUUAUCAGCCUCCAAUUGAGGGAUUCUCUGAAGGCAAAGGUGGGGAGGAAUUCCGUUCCAAGUAAGGAGGUGAUUGGCAUAACAACAUCUGGUGAAUCAUGCAAUCUUGCUGAGUUAGUGAAGACAGGGUGGUCUCUUAUUGAUGGUCAGUGGUUACUUGAUUCUAGGCAAAUGCCCAAUGAGGAUGGCCAUCUUUUCAAGCUUGAGGGCAACAGGCUGGUGAAGUUCUUCCAGGGCAGGAAGCUGGAUUAUGAACCGAAACACUGUGAGAAACAUAACCAUGAACAGGACUUCGUGACUGCAGUUGAAUUCUCUGCAGAAUAUCCAUAUGGAAGAGCGGUGGCAUUGUUCAACUUCAAAUAUGGAGUUAUCAAGAUAAAGGAAGAAUGGAUGGUGGUGCCCGGAAUCAUGACAGCUUUUCUUCUUCACACACGGAAGAAAAAAGGGUAUAAUGGCUUAACCUUAAGUGACGAAAAAUUGGAGGUUGACACUGUUCCUGAAAAUGUACAUACGUCUCAUGAGGAAGAAAAAAGUACGAAUCUAAUCAAUUUGUCCUUGCACAGUACAGAUCUAAAAGACAAUUUUUCUGAAGGAAAUGCAGAUAUGCCAGUAGAAGAUGAGGCAUUUAGCAACGGUUGUCGGAAAUAUGCAGGUGAUGGUAUUUCCAAAGGUAAUAUAACAAUGCCAUUGAAAGGGGACACUCUUAGCAGUCGCUGUGGUGGCUGUGGUGCUGGGUGCGGUUCUGGGUGCAGAAACAUGGUAAAGAGCAGUGGAUGCGGUGCAGGGGGUUGCGGUGGUGAGUGUGGAAGCAUAGUAAAGAGUGGUGGAUGUGGUGGUGGCUGUGGUGGAUGCGGUGCAGGGGGUUGCGGUGGUGGGUGUGGAAGCAUAGUAAAUAGCAGUGGCUGCGGUGGAUGCGGUGCAGGGGGUUGCGGUGGUGGGUGUGAAAGCAUAGAAAAGAGCGGUGGCUGUGGUGGAUGUGGGGGCGGUUUUGGCUACAAAUCUUCUCAGUCAAAUGAAGGUAACCAUUUGAAUGAUGCAAUUACUGCUGGAAACAACUUGUUAACUGCUUGAGAUUUGUUUUCAGAUCAUAAAAUGCCCAAUAAACAGAGUUUAUGUAAGUUCACAUAAUAAAGUAGAGGGAGAGCCUUAAAACCUACCCAAAAAACAUAUCAAAGUCAUAAGUAAGUGUAUAUGCCUUAUGAUCUGUAAAGUGUUUGGCUGUGUAUAUAUUGACAAAUAAAUGUGUAAGCCAGUUCUCAAGUAGGGCUUGGCUUGCUUGGGUCAAUGUACAUGCAUUUCAUCUCUAUUUCACAGAUGAUGGGAGAAAUUAGGCUUCUA